AUGAUAGCUCAAUCUAAGCCUUCCGCUGCUAAGAAAGCUGCUUUAAAGGGUACUAAUGCUAAAAAAUCUUUGAAGGUUAGAACCGACACUUCUUUCCACAGACCAAAGACUUUAAAAUUAUCUAGAUCUCCAAAAUACUCUAGAAAGUCUGUCCCACACUACAACAGAUUGGAUGCUUACAAGAUCAUUGUUUCUCCAAUCGCCUCUGAAACCGCUAUGAAGAAGGUUGAAGACGGUAACAUCUUAGUUUUCCAAGUUGACUUAAAGUCUAACAAGCACCAAAUCAAGUCCGCUGUCAAGGAAUUAUACGAUGUUGAUGUCGAAUACGUUAACACCUUAGUCAGACCAAACGGUACCAAGAAGGCUUACAUCAGAUUAACUGCUGACCACGAUGCUUUAGAUAUUGCUAACAGAAUUGGUUACAUCUAA